UCAGUACGCCGCUGGUCGUGGUGUAGGAAGGAUCUUGUGUUGUGAGCGGCUCCCCACCGGGCUAUACAUCCUGGUGGUGUAGUGCUCUGCCAUGACCUUAUACAGUGUGGAGAAAAUUUGGGCCUCGCUACUUAAUGGGUUGGUCGGGGGAUGUGCGGUGAAGAUGCCGGGGACGAGGAGGUCCAAGGAGGGUCAACGACGAAAUGGGGGAGGGUCGCGCCCACACCUCCCUAAACGGUCUGCGUCGUCAGCCAGCAGCCUGCAGAGGAACCGUAAUCAAGACGUGGUCAUCACCAGUUACACCACCGUCGACUCAGAGCUCCCACCCCUCCCUACCACCAUCUCCAGGAGUAAAAGCUCGGCCGCCGCUACCACUAACACCAGCAGGAGUAACUCAACACAUCGGAUAAGCCUCUCUCUUCUUCCUAAUGGUUCUGGCGAAGGGAGAAGGAUUCGUGGCGCUUCUCCCACCUCGAGGACAUCCGCGGGUGUGUCUACAGCUUGUCUGACACCCUCGGGAACUAUUCACAAGCGUUCCUCCUCUUCGCCACGCCGCUCCAACAGGCCUUCUGAAGGGUAUAACACAUCAUCGGAGACCUCGUCGCCGUCCGCGUCGCCAGGGACGACGAUACGGUUGGACGAGGACGAACUGACAUGUGCAAUCUGUCUGGACUUGCUGCAUCGCCCACGCUCCCUCCCCUGCGGUCAUACCUUCUGUCUCCUCUGUCUCCAGAACUACGUCAACUCCUGCAGGACGAUGUUCACGUGCCCAUCUUGUCGCGGGGCGGCUCAGGUACCCAGCGAGGGAGUGAUGGGCCUGCCUACCAACACCAUGCUGGCUAAGGGCGCCAAGCUACUGAGGGAGCGACAAAAGAAAAGCUCCGGGACGCUCGUCUGUGCCUCCUGCGAGACCUCGCUGGACGUAAAGGCGUGUGGGCACUGUAAGCAGGCGUGGUGCGUGGCGUGUAGCGCAGGACACCUAGAACAAGUUAAGGCUGACGUGACGGAGCUGAGGGACCGUCUGGCCAGCGCCCGAGACACACUCUCCUGCAGGGCUGAAGAGGACGAGACGCGGUUCAGCAAGUUGGAGGAAACGAUUGUGGAGGCGGUGGAGGAACAAGUCGCUCACCUACAGGAAAAAGGAAAGAAAAUUACAGAACAGGUACAUGAACUGAGACAGGAGAGUCAACAGAGAUCCCACACGCUCACCCAGGACAUAGAAAAAGUAUUGGCCUCCUCCAUCACCACCCAGGAGACCACUGAACCCAAGUUGGAGGAGGCUGGUCGUCUCCACGCUACCUUACUACGACUCCUGAAGGCGACGUCAACGGCCAAGGGACCCCGGGUGACUCUCGACCAGGUUACUCUUACCCUCAGUACCCCGUCCUCUACCGCCUUGGACGACCAACUCGAGGCCAAGGACGAAGACGAAGACGAGAGACACCUCCAGCCCCAGGACCACAGCCUCCUUUACAGGAGUAAGGGCUCCCUGGCUCGCCUCAAGUGGGGGCAGCACCUAGGAGAGCGGCCUGCAGGUGUGGCGGUCAACCCUUGGACCUCCGAGAUCUACGUCACCGGCAGCGACACCUGCAGGGUGUUCGUGUUCGACAGUAGUGGACGGCAGUUGUCGUCGUUCGGAUCCAGGGGUCACUCAGACGGUCAGUUCCUUUGCCCCAUCGGCCUCGCCUUCAGCCACAUCUCCAGGGAAGUCUUUAUUACAGACAAAUGGAAGCACUGUAUCCACGUCUUCGACACAGACGGUAACUUCAUCCGCCAGCUGGGUCGUAAGGGGAAGGGCUUCGGCCAUUUCUCCGCGCCUGAGGGCAUCGCUACGGACCGCCACGGCAACAUAUACGUGGCCGACACCUGCAAUCACCGUGUACAGAUACUGGACGGGGACGGGGUAUUCUUGAGGGAGGUUGGUGUGGUGUCAUCGGAGACACUACAGGAUGGUCGCCGCUAUACAAAGACAGAGUUUAAUGAGCCCACGGACGUCGCCGCCAGCCUAGACGGCUCCAGGGUCUACGUGGCUGACGCUGGCAAUCAUAGGAUCAAGGUGUUUGACGGGAUGACCGGGGAAAGGACGUUGAUGUUCGGGUCCCGGGGCCGCCAUAAGGGUCAGUUUGAGUCUCCUGAGUGUAUCGUUGUUGAUCAUGAGGGCUUUAUCCUCGUCGGCGACUCCGGCAAUGGUCGCGUCCAGGUGUUCCGGCCUAACGGCAACUUCGUCAGGUAUCUGGGGACGCGAGGAAACAGUCGUGGGGAGUUCGGCUGGGUGUCUGGGGUAGGCCUCUCCCGGACGCUCGACAUUGUGGUUACCGACUUCAAGAACAACCUCGUCGCCGUCUUUUAGUUGGGUCCAGGACGUCUACAGGAUGGGAUGUUGUUGUCUGUUGCUCGGUACUGUGACGGGAAUCACUUCUCAGCCUACUCGUGUGCGUGUGGGGAAUUGUUAUAGAUUCCCUGAAGAUUAAAUUUGUAUUAGUUUAUUAUAUUCAUUCCCAAAUCAUAAAAGUUAUUUCUUCAUUAAAUAUAUAUUUAAUGUAAAAGUUGUUGAUAUUAUCAAUAUUCUUGUUGGUAUUUUAAGCGUUACUUUAUACUGUAUAUUUGAAUACUGUGAAGACUGGCUAAAAUUUUAUAUAUUUACACAAAAACACAUGGAUGAUCCAUUGAAAUAUUAAUCUUGAAAAGGUUAGCCAAGAAUAAUUAAAUACAAAUUAUGGGAACCCUCAGCUUAUAUCACCCUUAUAAGGAGCAUGUGAGCCAUAGAGAGAUUCAGAAAACAUGUGGUUUCUUCCCUUGGAUGUUUAUUUUCGUUUGGAAAGAAUCCAGCGAACCCAAAAAGUUGAGACUCAUACACAGUGCUCCUAGAUGAGGCUAACAUGCCUCUGCUCCUAUGGUAGUGUAAGGACAAAAAAGCAUUAUUUGAACAUGGAACCAUUAUCAUAUCAUACUCCACUAUAUCCAUGAAGUGAUAUUUAUAUAAGUGUGGUAAUGAUGAAACUGGAAGUAUAUUACAUUUUUUUCAAUAUACCAGUUUUCAUAGUUUUGAAGUUUUGUUGUUGUUGUUGUUAUUUGUUUGUUUACAGAACUAAGACGCCUACUAGAAUGCACCUGCUACAUAUUUUUUAUAAUUGUGCUUGUGAUUCAUCCUGUGAUACUAUGGUGCCGUCCAAUGGGUUCCAGUCCUAAUAGGUCCCAACCCUAAUAGGUCCCAGUACUAAUAGAUCCCAGUCCUAAUGGAUCCAAGUCCGAAUGGAUAGGAAUGGCCUAUUAGAACUGAUACCCAUUUAUGUUGCAACCGAUAUUAUGAUCACCACGAGGGAUUGUUGACAUUGGCAUUGGUGUAAAUAAACAGUUGAAUAUAAA